CAGAUUUUCAAUCAUCAUUUGGAUACCACAGGAUUCGUGAACAUUUCAGCUUUACUGAGAAGCAAUCAAAAUACGGACAUAUAAAUCGAUUAAAGAGAUAAUUGAAUAAAAUUGUAUGGAAUUCAUGUGAAGGAAUUUGAAAAUCAUAUGGAUAGGUGAAAAACUAUGUGCAUGAAGCAUAUUAAUAGGAUUAAAAUUUAGGCUAUAGACAAGGUGGCAUAUUGCCAGUGUACAUAGGAUACAUAGUAAGUCUGUAUAUUGCAACCACAAUGAAGGCAAUCAACAAACAUUAAUUGGUGAGGCCUCCGAAGGGCUAUUACAAACAAAAAUUGAAACUUUUAACAAAGUGCUCCACAUAAUGGCAUCUUACUCUGAUACGUGAUACUGAUAUUUCUAGCCAAGUACAACCAUGUCGGGUAGAGCACGGUCAAAGCGAAAACGAAACAAAAGUCGCAAUAAAACCAAAGGGAGAAAGUCCUACAGUGCAACACCAUCAUCAUGGGAUGAGGAUGAUAGCAGCUAUUCAUUUUCGCCACCAACUAAGCAGCAAAAUGUUGGAAAUGACGAUACAUUCUCAACACCUAUGACACAGAAUAAGCUGUCUACUAAACAUGAUGAUGAUGACACACAGAUACCAGACACUCAAAACAGCAGUGCCUCUCCAUCACUCAUUUCCACAGGAAGUACUACUCAACAAAAUGCUCCUAUUAAAACCAAAGUUUCUGAUGAGCAGAACCACAUUAACAAGCCAACAGUUCCUAAUAAAACUAGCCACCAAUCCAGCACGGCAGAAUCUUUACAAAAUGAAUUGUUACUGGAUGUCAAAGCCAAGCUCAUAAAGGCAGUUAAAGAGGAUCUAGUGCUUGCUGUUAGGGCUGAUAUUCUUCGUGAAGUAAAAGACAUAAAACGGCACAUCUUGAAUAUUGAGCAAAAAUUACAAGUGGAUCUGGAUGCUUUCAAGCAAGGCGCUCUUGCUUUUGAGCAUAAAAUCAACAAACAAGUUAAGGAGAUGGACAAUCGUAUGAGUCAGCUUGAAGCCUCUCAGAAUGCUGACAGAGGUGAGCGCCAAUUAGACGAUUUCCCCCAGACCGUAGCAUAA